AUGCCAGAAAAAAAUCAAGGAAAACGAAUAAUCGAGUUCGUGGCAGCUAGCGGCUGCAAGGACGAGCCCGAGUUGGAUGAAAACGGCAAGCCAAUAUUGCGUCGCACCACUGCGAUACAUUAUGCGACUUCAUUGGACUACCAUUUGUUCAAAAUAUACAACAGAUUCGACAUCAACUCCGUCGACGAAGAUGGAUACACACAUUUUCACGCGGCCUGCAAGUACAACCGUUACGACAUAGUCGAGGAAUUCCUGAAUCUCGGGCAAGAUCCCGAUUGUCUCCCUCGGGAGCCGAAUACGAACUCGGUAGAUUCACCGCUGCAUUUCGCCCUGAAGAGUAGCUACCUCGUGGGAGCCCAAAAAAAGGUGAUCGAAUUAUUGCUCAAAAGUGGGGCCAACCCGAAUUUGCCCGAUAAGGAGGGAUCGACACCUCUGCACGUCAUUUACCAUUGUAAUCGUCGACUGAUCAAGACUUUUUUCGAGAUCAUCUAUCGAUACAGAUCGACGCAAAGGAUAAGCUGGGUCGGACAGUGCUACAUUUGGCUUUAG